AACACGGGCUGGGCCUAGCCCCGCUCUGCAGCCAGUGUCUCUCCCCUGGAACUCCUCAGCGGACUCUAGAACUGGGCUCCGUUUCCAUCUGCUUGCUUCUGAGAGAGGGAGACAGAGAGACAGAGAGGGAGACAGAGACAGAGAGACAGAGACAGAGACAGAGAGAUGCCUCAGGAACAGUAUACUCACAACAGGAACAAUAUGCAGAGCUCUGAAGGACCGCAGGUAUACAAAGUAGGGAUUUAUGGCUGGCGGAAGAGAUGCCUCUAUUUCUUUGUUCUUCUCCUAAUGAUUUUAAUACUGGUGAACUUGGCUAUGACCAUCUGGAUUCUCAAAGUCAUGAACUUCACAAUUGAUGGAAUGGGAAACUUGAGAAUCACAGAAAAAGGUCUAAGGUUAGAAGGAGACUCAGAAUUCUUGCAACCUCUCUACGCCAAAGAAAUCCAGUCCAGACCAGGCAACCCACUGUACUUCAAAUCUGCCAGAAAUGUUACAGUGAAUAUACUCAAUGACCAGACUAAAGUCCUUACUCAGCUUAUCACAGGUCCCAAAGCAGUAGAAGCUUAUGGAAAAAAAUUUGAGGUGAAAACCGUUGAUGGAAAAUUGUUGUUUUCUGCAGAUGACAAUGAAGUGGUGGUUGGAGCAGAAAGAUUAAGAGUCUUAGGAGCAGAAGGCACAGUGUUCCCUAAAUCUAUAGAAACGCCUAAUGUGAGGGCAGAACCCUUCAAGGAACUAAGACUUGAGUCUCCUACUCGUUCCUUAGUGAUGGAAGCCCCUAGAGGAGUGGAAAUCAAUGCUGAAGCUGGCAAUAUGGAAGCCACAUGUAGGACAGAGCUCAGGCUGGAAUCCAAAGAUGGAGAGAUCCAGUUAGAUGCUGCCAAAAUCAAACUACCUAGACUGCCUCGAGGAUCUUAUUCCCCUACGGGAACCCGGCAAAAAGUAUUUGAGAUCUGUGUCUGUUCCAAUGGAAGACUCUUCCUGUCUCAGGCAGGAAGUGGUUCUACCUGUCAGAUCAACACCAGCGUCUGCCUCUGAGAAAGACUGAGUUUCAUGGACAGUGGAGGAUGGCACUGGGGCUGGUUUUUGGUCUCAAUGAACACUUGCUGUGGACUCUUGACUAGAACCCAGAAAGCAUCUUGGAGACCUUUUUUGGUGCGUGUGUGUGCGUUGUGAAUGUGUGUGAGGGUGGGGCUAUGAGACUUAUAUAUAUUGAUAGAUAUAAAUAAAUAUAUAUAUAAAUAUAAAUAUAUAGAUAGAUAGAAAUAGAAUCCUCUGUAUAAAAGAAGGUUUCAGUACAAAAGGAUCCAAGGGUGACCCCCCAGUUACACAUUAUCAAUCUCUCACAUCUAAAUUCAACCUCAAUCGCAGACUAUCAGACUGGAUAUCCCCAGACUCCUGAAACCCAACAACAAUGCAAAGUCUGCCACACCAUGCCAUAGACUGGUGAGAUCCCUUUAACAUCAGGAAAUUACAUUUGCAUCCACCAUUGCAUCCCACCAGAGUGGGACUCUACAUGGUGAAGGGUGAUAAGGCAGCCCUUCUUUCUUGUGACGGUCCUGGGAGAUUUGGAACAUCAAGUCUGUACUUCACGGCAGAGCAGGGAUGGGAACCUAAGAAGCCCGUGUCUUAUUCUUGACCAUGUUGUGGGUUCUCAGUGGAGUAGGUUCAGGUUUUAGAUUAUUCUCCUCAUUCACAUGAGCCCAAAAUCUCAGUAUGGUAUUCCUUACCAAGUAAGAUGAGUCCACGGCCUCAUCCAGGAUGCUGUGGCCAAUUUAAGAGGUAGCUAUAUUAGAAAGUAGAGAACUAGCUCAAAUCAUGAGUUGUGAAACCUCCUCAUUCUUAGCAAGAAGGUUGUCAGUUUGUUUCUAGAUUUCUCUAUUCUAGAGAAAAUAUCACAAAGUGGCUAAUGUUUAAGAUAUGUCCAGGAAGUGAAAGUAUCACACUGGUCUAAAUUAAGAGGGUACACCCUGCGAAUGAAAUAAUUUUCUUUGAGGCAUAAAAUGAGAUGCAGGUUUUAUACAUCAGAAAAAGUAUAAUUAGUCAUUAGCCAUUUAAAGAUUUGUUUGGUUUUUAUAAUUAUUUGGAUUAAGGAAGAGGAUAAAAUUGAUCCAUUUUGGCCACUUGGGUAAAGGAAAGAUUGGGAAAGAAUAUAUCACAGGAUAAGCUACUAAGAGAUAAGAUCUAACAAAGGUUAAGUUCAAUCAAAAAAGUUUGAUCGUUUUUCUCAAGCGCUUCCUCAAAGUCUGUGAGUGGACUAGAUUUUUCAGAGCAUUUUCUCACAAAGAUUUAGCUCAGAUCUACUCCAUCUAAGAUCUAGUUUUGGCAACAUACCAGAAAGGUCAAAUCCCUAUCUUCACUGAGUCAAUAUGCAAUGCAAUCUUUUUAUCAGAUGCAUAUAUCGUGCUGUUAAUGCCAAUGUUUCUUUCCCUACCCUGUUGGACUUAUUGAUUAUUGGGAAGAAGUUGGACAGGGAAUGGAGGAUUUAGAGAGGAGAACAGCUUUAAUUCUAGUAAAAGUAUGAAAUCUCCCAGAGCCACUGGUGCUGCCACACAUCCAGACUGGCUGUCACCAUACACUCCCAGCCAUCAGCUAAUUGAUUAUGUCUAUGGCCAUCUUCCUACCACUGUCAAUGUGAGGGGUCACCCUGGAUUGCGGUUGUACUGGGACAAGGGACUGUACUGUCUCUGUUCAAAGAGGGGCAAAUCUGUGCCUAUGCCUUAAAGUCAAUGCACUCA